AUCUGAAAAAGGGUAGUGAGGAGGACUGCUGUUAAGCAGGAUGGCCUAUAUACUCGGCAAGAUGCUUGAUAUAGUGUGGCCGACAGCCAUAAAUACCGAUGAUCUCCCUUGCAGAGGCGGUUUAUAUUGCAGCUUUCUAGCCGGAAGAACGGAAAACCAAAAACUACCAGAGGGAGACAAGUACCGUGAUGAGGUCGUGGCGUUCGGCGGUGGACUGUCUCGCGGUUCCGACCAGCAAAGAGAACAGCUUGUCGGCCUGGAUCAACGACGAUAUCCGUCCACUACCGCCGUCUCGUCGAACGUGGACACGAUGGGCGUUUAUUUCCUUCUGGGCAAUUAACCAGAUUUGCCUCAGCAACUGGCAAAUUGGCUCCUCGCUCGUGUCGACGGGGCUGUCGGUGUGGCAGAGCGUCAUUGCCGUGAUUCUGGGAAAGCUGAUCGUUGCCGGCGUGGCCGUCCUGAACGGCUAUGUUGGGGCAAAGUGGCAUAUCGGUUUCCCCGUGUGGUCGCGGGCUGUAUGGGGCAUGUAUGGCUCCUACGUUGCUCUCGUCCAGCGGAUCGUCUUGAGUCUUGUGUGGUUUGCGACGCAGUCGUAUACGGGAGGCCUCUGUGUGACUGCUGUGCUCUCCUCGGUCUUCUCGGGCUUCCAGCACUUGGAGAACGCCUUCCCUGCUUCGGCCAGGAUCACAACCAAAAACUUCAUCGGCUGGGUUGUCUAUAAUAUAUUGACCAUUCCGAUGCUCUAUAUCCCUCCAGAGAAGACUCGAAAUCUGUUCGCCGUGAUGAAUACACUGUCCUUUGUCACUCUGGUGGGAAUCAUGACAUGGGCUCUCUCUACAGCAAAGGGCGGCGGCCCCCUUUUAUCCGAAUCGUCGACCCUGAAAUCCCCUUCGGCCCUGGGCUGGUCCAUGGUGGAGGGUGUCUCAACCGUGGUCGGCGGCGCUGCAGUGGGCUUGACAAACCAGCCGGAUUACUCUCGCUUUGCCCGCAGCCCCGGUGACCAAGUGUUUGGCCAGUGGUUUUCCAUUCUGGUGUUUGGGAUCUUCAUGCCCCUGUUUGGGUGUCUCGCCUCCUCUGCCACCCAGGGUAUCUACGGCGAGGCGAUCUGGAACCCGCCCGAGAUCGCUUUGAGAUGGCUGGACACUGACUACAACGCCAAGUCUCGUGCCGGGGCAUUCUUUGCGGGCAUAGGCAUGGUUAUCUGCCAACUGGCCAUCAACACAGUCGAUAACACUUACAGCGCAGCGUUCGACCUUGCGGCUCUCUUCCCUCGAUUUCUCAACAUCCGGCGUGGUUGCUGCCUGGCGCUGAUCCUCUCCAUCGCCAUGUGCCCGUGGGAGCUUCUCGCUAGCGCCACCACUUUCAUUGACGUUCUCUCCGCCUACGCAGUCUUCCUGGGACCCAUGUGUGGCCUGAUGGUUGCCGAGUUUUGGGUUAACCGAUGUCGGAUGGUGAAGCUCUCGGAUCUCUACGACCCCAGCCCUGAGGGUAUCUAUUACUACUGGAACGGAGUAAACUGGAGGGCCUUUAUUGCCUGGAUUGUUGGCUUCACCCCGUUGCUCCCCGGCUUCAUCAAGAGCUUGAAUCCCAGCGUGGCAGUCCCCAUCGGCUGUGUCAGGCUCUACUACCUGGCCUUCCCCCUGGGGUUUGUGGUAAGCUUUUCGCUGCAUGCUCUCUUAGCUAAAUUAUCCCCGCCUCAGGGUCUUGGAGAGUAUGACCAUGUCGAUCAUUUUGCUACUUUUACCGCCGAGGAGGCCAUACGUCUCGGAGUCCUUUCGCGGGACGAUAUCGAGGUCUCAACUGAGGAGAUCUCAUUCAAGACUUCAGCUUCAGCUUAUCAUUAGUUUAAUUUAGUAUGAUACUUCUAGUACAAUAGAAACAGUCUACACCGAG